CGCUGUAGCCAAUCAGCCUUGGCUCUCACAGAUUCUUGUAAAGAUGGCGACGGUGAGGCACAGAGGAAUGAGAACUGGACGCUUUGCCGUUAUUAAACACCGCUGGUCCAGACACCGUAAGGUUUGAUACGGCAGCGGGAGGGAAAGCUAAUCGACCCAUUUGUCAGCCGCAGCACGCUGUUCGGUGCUGUAUGGUGUCGACGCGCGCCUGCUUGCUUUUGUUUUCGGUUACACUGCAGUUGCCUUGGACAGCUCAUUAGCUCCAAGUUGGAAAGCCAGUGCUAGCCCGGGGCUAGCUGUGUAGCUCCGUCGGCUGCUUGGAGAUUUCUGCAUGGAAUCGAUGGAUUGAUAGCCUCACCAGGGUAAACGCUGGACUGCCUAUACCUGUUAAAAGUUUUUAUUUCCACGGAAAGAGCCACCAAUGAGUCACUUGGAUUAAAAAUACUUUAGGGGGGAAUAAGGGGCACUGCCGAUCUGGCAUUGCGACACUGUUUGCAGUGUCGAGGCGCAGAGAGUUUGCCGUCAUGUAUUUUCUAACCGGCUGGCCCCGGAGGCUGCUUUGUCCGUUGAGGAGUGAAGAGGAGCCCUUCCACAUCCAGCCCAGCUCCCAGAGGUUUUACUUCGCCGUGUUGUCAGAGACACAGCUCAGCAUCUGGUUUAGUCGGCCUAGCGUUUUGAUAGUCAGCUAUAUUGAGUCUGCAAAGGCAGCGGCCCAGUUUGGCUUCUACCAGAAGGCAGAAUGGAAACCUGACAACUCCAUGAUAGCUGUGGCGUCUGCCAAAGGCUACAUCCUCCUGUUUGAUGUGCUGGGUGGAGGGGACGACAAGUACCUCUAUGAGCCUGUCUAUCCAAAGGGAAGUCCUCGUGUGAAAGUGACCCCGGGUUAUAAGGAGGAGCAAUGUGCCCCUGCCCUGUCUUUAGAGAUGAAGAAGCCUGUGGAUCUGGAGGCCCCCAUCACCAGUCUGCAGUCCCUCCAGGAAGACCUACUGGUUUGUACGGCAGACGGCUACCUUCAUGUGCUGCACUGGGAUGGGCUAGGCAGCAACGGCCGCAAGGCCAUCUGCCUCACUACAAUCCCCUUCUCGCUAGACCUGCAGUCUGCUCGAGGUGGUCCCUCUCUGGACUUGGAGGGAGUGUAUAUCCGUUGUAUGGAGUACUGUGUGACCCUGGACGGCUUCGCUGUGGUUCUGAGUGACGGACGCCUGGGCUUUAUCACACCACUCAGCAACACCAUCACCGCAGACCAGCUGCAGGGCGUCUGGGCAGCAGACGUCACUGAUGGCACCUGUGUGGCUGUCAACAACAAGUACAGACUGAUGGCCUUUGGCUGCGCCAGUGGCUCAGUGCUGGUGUACAUGAUAGACACCACAACAGGAUCCAUGCAGCUCUCCCACAAACUGGAGCUCACCCCAAAGCACUACCCAGACAUCUAUAACAAGACGGGCCCUGUCAAACUAAUCUGCUGGUCACCAGACUAUAGCGUUGCUAUGGUUACAUGGGAGUGUGGUGGCCUAUCGCUGUGGAGUGUCUUUGGAGCUCACCUUAUCUGCACUCUGGGAGAGGACUUUGCGUAUCGUUCUGAUGGUACCAAGAAAGACCCCCUUAAAAUCAGCUCCAUGAGCUGGGGAGCAGAGGGGUACCACCUAUGGGUGCUCCCUAACAAACCAGAGAGGAGGAGGCAGGAGGAGCAGCAAGGGGUGGAGAUGGGGGAACUUCCUCAUUCCUCCCUGCAGGCUGGCAUACUGCAGUUCCACUUCAUCAAGAGUGCCCUCACAGUCAACCCCUGCACGAGUAACCAGGAGCAGGUGUUACUCCAUGGUGAAGACCGCCUCUACCUGACCUGUGGUGACCCCACGCAGGUCCACAGCACCUCUGACUCACACCCACACACACACUUACAGCCAUGUGACGGCAGCCCACUGCACCACCCCCCCAACCCCGACUCCUCUCUCUCUCAGGGACUCAGCACUUUACUGGGACACAAACACUGGCACGUGGUCCAGAUUCACAGCACAUACCUAGAGAGCAACUGGCCUAUACGGUUUGCAGCCAUAGACACAGCAGGCCAGUGCAUGGCUGUAGCAGGGAGGCGGGGCUUUGCACACUACUCCUUAUUCACAAGGAAAUGGAAGCUGUUUGGAAAUAUCACUCAGGAGCAGAACAUGACGGUGACGGGAGGUCUGGCUUGGUGGAAUGACUUUGUGGUGGUGGCCUGCUACAAUUUUACAGACCAGCAAGAACAGUUGAGGCUCUAUCAACGCUCAUCCAACCUGGACAACGCCUUCGCCUCAGUCACUAAGCUACACUCAGACACUCUGCUGCUCAACGUCUUCAGAGACAUGGUCAUCCUGUUUAGAGCUGACUGCUGCAUCUGCCUGUAUAGCAUAGAGAGGAGGAACGACAGUCCAAACCCGUCAGCCAGCGUGGAAUUGCUGCAGGAGGUGUCAAUGUCUCGCUACAUCCCUCACCCGGCUCUAGUGGUCUCUGUCACACUCACGUCAGUGCGCACCGAGACUGGCAUCACGUUGAAAGCGCCGCAGCAGGCCUGCAUGGCAGAAAGCAUCAUGUUGAAUCUGGCUGGCCAGUUGAUCAUGCUACAGAGGGACCGUUCAGGACCGCAGGUACGAGAGAAGGAGACACCCGCUAAUAACAAGAAGCUGCUACCAUUUUGUCCUCCUGUCGUGUUGGCCCAGUGUGUGGAGAAUGUGUGGACCACCUGUCGCUCCAACAGGAAGAAGCGCCACCUGCUGGAGGCCCUGUGGUUGUCAUGCGGUGAAGCAGGCAUGAAAGUCUGGCUGCCGUUGUUCCCCCGAGACCACCGCAAGCCCCACUCCUUCCUCUCCAGACGCAUCAUGCUGCCCUUCCACAUCAACAUCUACCCUCUGGCUGUGCUGUUUGAGGAUGCCCUGGUGCUGGGGGCAACCAAUGAGACUGUACUCUAUGAUGGGCUGCAGGGAUCCUCGGAGCCACUGGAGGCGCUGUUCCCCUACUGCACCGUCGAGAGGACCUCCCAGAUCUACCUCCACCACAUCCUUAGGCAGCUGCUGGUUCGCAACCUGGGUGAACAGGCUUUGAUGCUUGCUCAGUCAUGUGCCUCCCUCCCCUACUUCCCCCAUGUCAUGGAGCUGAUGGUGCAUGUGGUUCUGGAAGAAGAGGCAACAUCGCGGGAGCCCAUCCCCGACCCUCUGCUGCCCACUGUGGCCAAGUUCAUCACAGAGUUCCCCCUCUUCCUUCAGACCAUCGUCCACUGUGCCAGGAAGACAGAGUACGCCCUGUGGAACUACCUGUUUGCCGCUGUGGGAAACCCCAAAGAUCUGUUCGAGGAGUGUCUCAUGGCUCAAGACCUGGACACAGCAGCCUCCUAUCUGAUUAUACUGCAGAACAUGGAGGUUCCAGCAGUGAGCAGACAGCACGCCACCCUACUCUUCAACACAGCGCUGGAACAGGGCAAGUGGGACCUCUGCCGGCACAUGAUCCGAUUCCUCAAAGCCAUUGGCUCAGGGGAGAUGGAGACUCCGCCCCCAACACCCACCACUCAGGAACCCAGCUCAACUGGGGGUUUUGAGUUCUUCAGAAAUCGCAGCAUUAGUUUGUCUCAGUCGGCAGACUCCAUCACUACAGGAAAGUUCAACCUGCAGAAGACCUUCAGUAUGCCCGCUGGACCUUCUGCUAAAGGUCGGGAUGUGGAGUGUGCAGAGAACAUGUAUAUUGAUAUGAUGCUCUGGCGCCACGCCCGCCACCUCCUGGAGCAGGUACGCCUUCGGGACUUGGGAUGCUUCUCUGCACAGCUGGGUUUCGAACUCAUCGGCUGGUUGUGUCGCGAACGAAACCGUGUGGCCCAUGUUGAUGACUUUGUUUCGGCGUUGAAGAGACUCCAUAAGGAUUUUCUGUGGCCAUUCCCUGUUAUUCCUGUGGGAAGCCUCAGCUCGCCGCUGAAGAACGGACGGUGUCGCACAGUGCUGAGCACACGGCUGCUGAAGUCGCAGUCAGCUGACAGCCUGUUGAACAGCGACAUGGACACAGUGCCCCCUCAGGCAGCCCCCACCAACCAUAACUGGCUGGUGGAGCUUGGGCAGAGGUCCAAAGACAUGGACACGGCCUCUUCUGCUCACUCCAACCAGCACUCAACACAGACACAUGACGCCUUCCUGUCACUGCUCACCAACAAAGUGGAGGAGUACAGCAUCGGCUCGGCCACAGACCUGACAGAGACCAGCUCAGUUGUGGACGGUGAUUGGACGAUGGUCGACGAGAACUCCUCCACUCUGAGCCUGAGCCAGGCUGAGCUGGAGCACAUCUCCAUGGAGCUGGCCAACAAGGGCCCACACAAGUCACAGGUGCAGCUCAGGUACCUCCUCCAUGUGUUCAUGGAGGCGGGCUGUCUGGAGUGGUGCGUAGUGAUCGGUUUGAUCUUGCGGGAUGCAAAUGUGAUCAAGCAGGUGAUCGGCUUCCUGGACAGCCCAGAGGUUCCCCAAGAAACUGUGCAGAGUGUCCGAAACGGCUUAUUGGCUGUCGACACGUGGGCCUCCACUGACUGCCUGGGGUACAAACCAUUUCUCAACCUGAUCCAGCCGCAGCUGCAGCAGCUGAUGGACUCGGCGUCCGAGCAGGUGCAGCCCGAAGCCUUCCAGCCCACCAGCCAGAGCUCCAAACUCGGCAGCUCUGAAGGGCCGGGAGGUGCUGCUGUACCACGAGCCGAGGACAGCAGAGGAGUAGCGGCUCCUCUGGGCCUGGCCCUGCCCUCCCUCGAACCUGCAGGAGGAUUUUCUCGCCCCCCCUCUGAGGACUGUCCUCCUGAACAGACAGAGGAGCAGGGCGAGGAGGAGGGAACCUACGACUGCACCUUGUCCUGAACCCCAGGAGCCUCCUCUGGACUCUAACCUGUGAACUUUGGCCCCUGGAAGGAAAGAGAGGUAGCAGCAACAGCAGUGGCUGACUGGAAAAAGACUUUAUUUUUGUGUGUCUGUGUGUGUGUGUGUGUGUGUGUGUGUGUGUGUGUGUGUGUGCACAGAAAGUACCUCCCCUGCAGGUUCUUAUAGUCAGUAUUAUCCACUCUUCACAUUUCCCUUUGUGUCGACUAUAGCCCCUGUGGAUACUGAGCUACCAAGAGAGCAACAGACAGCCCGACGGGCACAACAAGACUUCACAGCACAACCAGAGACAGGGUUCAGUCUGCAGGUUCCUGUCUAACGGUCAUGACUUUACCAAAAUGUUCUGUUAGAAAAAGGUCACCUAUGUCAGAUUGUUUGUGGUGUUUGGAAGCUGUAGACCAGCACGAGGAAGGCACCAGGCUUUCUGUUCCAAAACAGAUUUAUUGUGUGUGUAAAUUUUCUUUGGCACUCAUUCAAGUGCAAUCAGAGACUUUGAAUUUUUUUUUUUUUUUUUAAAUUCCACUGUCCAGACAAAAAAAAAAAGCUCCAUUGUUUCCUUUGGUUAAUGCAAACAGUGCAAGAAUCGGUUCAAAGACACAACAAACCUGAGGGUAUUUGAUCACAGCCUCAUGCUGCACUGCUAAGCAUAGUGUAGAACAAAGCUCUAGUCAUGAACCAUUCACGAGAUGUACUGGAGUGUGUCUGAGCCUACAGUACGUGUGCAGUUCUGUUGGUGUGAGCAAGGGGUGUUUCAUACUUUCAUACCUCAUAUGAUUUUAAAAUAUUUUGUGAUACCUUUUUCAAUAAUGUAACAGUGUACAAGAUAACAUUAUUUUUCUAUCAAUUGCACCUUGUCCCUCUUGAGUCUCCCUGUAAAAGGAAAAAAAGAAAAGAAAUGCUCAUGGUAUGAAUUCUAUGUAAUUCUUGAGAAGCGAUGACCUUUUAGAUUUCUAAGAAAAUGGUCUCUUGAGAAGAAUCCACCCUCGCAAGUGCAGACUAGUUUCAUGCCACCGAUCAGUACCUCUGUUCAUGUACUUCUCACGCACCAACGCCCCGACCUUGCUGAAGUCCAGGCCCAACAGUGUCUUGAGAGGAGUCUGAGCCAGAAUCAGCCGUCUGCUCUUCUCCGCGUGGUCCAGGUUUUAGACAACAAGCAAAGAAGAUCGGUGUUCCUGAGGUGAGCAGAUUAAAAGCUGUAAAGGGAUGAAGGUCUGGGGUAAAACACAUGCUAUAAAAACCAAAUCAUAGGAUACUUAAUCCAGCUUUUAAACACACACUUGGGUUUCAGUCUGUCGGAGCGAUUCAAAAUGUGUUUCCUGUCGAGGCAGAUCAUUCGUUUGGUCUUAUUUAAGCCAUCCUACUCUGUAGGCUUUGUACCUAUCCCUUGUCGCAAGAGCACCAUUUGAUUCCCUCGUCGGUAGUGUUAGCAGUGACGCGUCAGUAUCUUCCCGAAAAAGAGGAUGAACUUGAUGUCAUCGUUGCCUUGGCUGUGGUGUAGUAAUGGAAGAGUUGUUGCGUACUUCAACCCCCAUCAGCGGAUAAGGACUUACCAUUUCGUCCAGUCCAACAUGCAUAUCACAUCCCUGAACCGCUUGAGACAAUGAUUCGCUGCAUGCGUUUGUGUGGAUUUCUGGAUGCAUGUACCACAUUGUAUUGAUAAUGCAUUGACAUGUUUGGUGACUUUCAUCACAUGGAAUUGAUUUUAUUGUAUUAGUCAUCAUUAUUACUAUUAUUUAUUGGCAUUAUAGCUGAAUGACCAUUGCUGAACUGAUACCUGGAGAUGUGCUCAAUUUGUUUUUAUGACUGAUAACAAACGUUUCCCCUUUUAGUUAAUCAAAGUCGUGUAUUGGCUCUCUACCAUAAGCACUAAAAGGUUUAUCACAGCUGUGUCAGUAUUAUGUUGUGCAAUGUAUUGAAAUGUUACUCAGCUUUAUCUUUUAUGUUCUCUAUUUCUUUUCUGUUUUUCCCCAUCUGUUUGCUUUUACUUUUCAUGAUAGACCAAAUUAUAUUUUAUAGAUACAUUUUUGCUCUCUUGUCAGCGUGUACAAGACGAGUUGGGUGUGGUAUCUGUUGAAAUUUAGAUUCUUAAAUGGUUUCUGUUUUAUGAAUUGCCUGUAUUGUUAGAACACUCUAUUGACAAAAGGGCAAAGUGACGUUGCGGCACAGCGCUGCUGUCGCUGACGUACUGUUGUCACUCAAUGUAAAUCCCAUUGCACCCUCGUUCCAGUGGGCCUGUCUCCACUCCGAACAAGCCUACAGCUACACUACGCUGCUACGCUGUAAGCUUUACUUGACUUGAAAACGGUAACUUGAUGAACCAAAGACUUUACGUCCAGAGGCCUUCUGUUUUAAGCGGUUGCUUUGAGCGCUUGAGUCAUUAUGCAGAGGGGACAAAACCUCACACACAGACACACAACCCAUUCUUCUCAUCAGAAACAUGCUGACAGCAUAUGAGACAAUUUCCUACGGAAAUGAUAUCGCAGAUCUUUUAUGGUUUCCUUCUGUGCAGACGAGGAGCGGUCGGUCAGGUGUGUCUCGUGGUACUCAGGUGUCACGUUCACUCUGAGGUGGACAGCGCUCCCUCCCUCCCAUGUACAGUAUAAAAGUAUUGCCUGUUUCCUGACUCAGAGUAAAGUUUUAUUUCUGGGGCAGGAGCAGCAGACAUCCUCAAUGCAGUGUAAAGAUAAUCUCUUGUACAUUUGCCUUUUCUACUCAUGUUUGGUUUUCUACUUCAUUUUUUCCUUGUACAUAAAGACCAAUAAAUUAUUUUUA